AUGCUGGACGUCUUCGGCGGCGUCAAGAGCGUCUUCAAGAUCCGACGCACACACAUCGACAGCACCGUCUUCCGUCUGCACUACCGCGUCACGACGUCUGCACUCAUCGCCUGCUGUCUGAUGCUCGCCGCCAAACAGUUCGUCGGCAACCCGAUAGAGUGCGUGCAUGGCAAGGACAUUCCCGCCGAGGUCAUUGACAUGUGCUGGAUUCAUUCAACCUACACCGUCCAGGCCGCGUUCACGAGGAAGGUGGGCGUAGAUGUCCCCUAUCCGGGCGUGGAUAACACUAGGGGCGGAAACCCGGCGGACCGUCGGGUCUACAGGUUCUACCAAUGGGUGGCGUUGUGUCUGUUUUUCCAGGCGAUCCUUUUCUACACGCCGAGAUGGCUGUGGAAGCACUGGGAAGGUGGGAAGAUCCACGCACUCAUGAUGGACCUGGACAUCGGUAUCUGCUCCGAGGUGGAGAAGAAGCAGAAGAAGAAACUGCUGCUCGACUAUCUGUGGGAGAACCUGCGCUAUCACAACUGGUGGUGCUAUCGGUACUAUCUAUGCGAGCUGCUAUCGUUCGGCAACGUGAUUGGCAACUCGAGAGGAGUGUGUUGCAACUCGAUUGCAACAGAGAAGCGACCGCAACUCGAGUUGCAAACGAUGGUGACUGAUAAGCGAUUGUAUCGCAACCAGGAAACGUGA